GCGAGAGGCGGCUCUGCUGAGGCGAUGAUGCAUCGGUGGCGUUUGACUGUGUGAAUUCGCAUCCUCCAUGGCGCCGGGUCGAACCGAGGCAAUGUAAGAAAAAAGAAAGAAAAAUCCGACCUCCGAGCCGCUUUUCUGUUUUUUUUUUUAUGAGCUUGAAAAAACGACAGGAGAAGAUGUCAUAUUUCGACGCGGGGUGCGAGGAUGCCUGUAGCUGUGGUUGUGUCAUUGCUGCGGCACAGUCCGGAGCUCCCCAGCUCAAGUCCGACACAACUCAUCUCAGCUGAACAGGAGACGAGGAGCGAGCAGGCAAGUGCCUCACCAGCCUACCUCAGCCAUCCAGGAGCCCGUGCAUGUAUGCGGGCAGAGGCCGAGCGAGUGACACCCUGCAGGGAGGCAUCUCUUUGCACCGUGGGUCUGGGGCUUUCCAAAAACUGCCACCUCCUCCCAUCCGUCUGAGGACUGCUGCGAGCUGACAGGCUUCCUGAUGCUUUUUGGAGGGCAGCCCCGAUGCAUCUUGCGAGUGUGAACAACUCGCAGAGCCCAGUGCCAGGUUUGCAUCGCCAGACAGGAGCCAGAGCAGACGGUAACUCCGUGUGUGUCAUGUUAGAGGCUGAACUCCUGCCUGCACCCUCCAGCUCUGCAGCCAAAAUCUCUGACCUGCCCUGUCUGACUGAGCCACCACGGUGCAACGACGGGAAAACAGUGUGAACCAGCACCAGCAAUUUGCAGACAUUACUGUAAGUGUGACUUUCCUGGCAAAGGCCCCCGCCCCCCUCCCAGCACCCCACCCCAACUUUCAAAAUAAGAGACACAGGAAAGCAGGGUCAGGAUGCAGGUGUCCUUCGCUUGCACCGAGCACAACCUCAAGAGUCGCAGUGAGGACCGACUUUGUGGCCUUCGCACCGCUCCACCUCCUGGGGGAAGCAGUGGAGGACAAGGGGGCGGUGGCGGUGGAGGAGGAGGCGGUGGCGGCGGAGGAGGAGGUGGCGGUGGAGGAGGUGGAGGUGGUGGACAAGGGAGCAAUGGUAACCACACCUCCCAGGGCUCGGUCAAGACCAGGGACGGGUCCGGGUCCCGUCAUACGCCGCAGGGCCAUGCCCACAUGAAGGAGGCCAUCGGGCGCCACACCAGCAUGAAGUAUAGGAAUCUGGGGAAGUCAGGCCUACGUGUUUCCUGCCUCGGGUUAGGCACCUGGGUGACAUUUGGAUCACAGAUCUCUGAUGAGAUGGCCGAGAACCUGAUGAACAUAGCUUAUGAGAACGGAGUGAACCUGUUUGACACGGCGGAGGUAUACGCCUCUGGAAGAGCGGAGAUCACUCUGGGGAACAUCAUCAAGAAGAAAGGAUGGAGGCGUUCUAGUUUUGUCAUCACAACUAAGAUCUAUUGGGGAGGCCAAGCAGAGACAGAGAGAGGACUCUCCAGAAAGCACAUUAUUGAAGGUUUAAGAGGAUCCUUAUCAAGACUCCAGCUCGAUUAUGUGGACAUUGUUUUUGCCAACAGAAAUGAUGUCAACAGUCCGAUGGAAGAGAUUGUACGGGCCAUGACCUUUGUAAUAAACCAGGGUAUGGCCAUGUACUGGGGAACCUCACGCUGGAGUGCCAUGGAAAUCAUGGAGGCGUACUCAGUGGCGCGCCAGUUCAACCUGAUACCACCUGUGUGUGAGCAGGCGGAGUACCACUAUUUCCAGAGGGAUAAGGUCGAGGUGCAGCUCCCAGAGCUCUACCACAAGAUCGGAGUGGGGGCUAUGACCUGGUCUCCACUUGCUUGUGGAUUAAUCACAGGGAAGUACAGCGACGGCGUGCCAGAGUGCUCCAGAGCGGCAAUGAAGGGAUACCAGUGGCUGAAGGAGCGGGUGAACAGCGAGGAGGGCCGCAGACAGCUCGCAAAAAUCAAGGAGCUCCAUCUACUGGCCGACAGGCUGGGCUGCACCGCUGCACAGUUGGCCAUAGCCUGGUGUCUGCGUAGCGAGGGAGUCAGCUCUGUACUUCUGGGAGUUUCCAAUACAGAACAGCUACUUGAGAACCUGGGUGCCCUCCGGAUUUUAACCCAAAUGACCCCACAAACCAUUACCGAGAUCGAUGCCCUGCUGGGAAACAAGCCACACUCCAAGAAAGAGUCGCGGGCCUGAAGAUGCAAAUCUGAGUGACGGACGAUGUUUUCGAGGAGACAAAGACGACAACGACACCGGGAAACAUCCCUUUUCGCUCCGCUCUAUACUCAACAACUUGCAUGUCCUCGGCAACAUUAUGCUUCCAGUAUGUGCGCAGAUCCAUUUUUGCGCAGUACAUUGUUAUCAUGUAUGAAAAAAGAAAAAAGUCUUUCAAUUGUGGGAAAAAAAUACAACAGGUCAUAUAUUCGCUCGCUGCCGAUUGUUCAAAGAAUACCGGCCGGAGCGCCGCUUCUCUGUGAUCCACUGAAACCGAGAGACGCUGACAGAUCCUCAACUGAUUUGUCUUGUGGUAAUGAAAAGUUCUAAUGUGUGUGUGUGUGGGGGGGGGAAACACCUCUGUGCUAAAACAAAACUCUACUGCGUGAAAGGUGCUUUCAUCGGACUCCUGAGUCUCCUCCCCACGCAGCCGCCUGUUAUUCUGUAUGAUGUUUGUUACCCAGCAGCCAGAGAGCCAAAGGUUAGUGCUCUCGUGUCUAGCCUAACAUUUCCCAUAGUGUGCAUGUGACUGGUCUGCCAUGCUCACUGCUUUACAGGGUUGGGAAAAAAAGGAUUUACUGGCCUCGAGUCUUUGGAGUGAUCUGACUGUUCAAAAAAUAAAAAUGGAUCCACUGUG